GUUUUCUCUUCUUCGAUCAUCACAGCAACCUUCUUGAGUCUUGACCUGUUAUCAUUAUCAUAAAUAUCUCACUCGACAUCCGUUGUUUCAGCACCGUCCUCGUCCUCCUCACACAACCCCGACACACGGCUCACACAAGAUGGAAGAAGUCCCCAAUAAGUCUCACGGGGUGCUCCCAAAACUGGCUCGCGAGGCUCUACAAAAGAUGACCUGUCAAGACCCGUCCCAGCCCGCCUCCGAAGAAGACACGGCCGCCGCCGACAUCCUGCACGACUGCAACCUCGUCAUCGGGCUCUCCAGCCGGGUGUCGGACUGGAAGGAGAAGAACGCGCAGACGACGCGCGCCCUGCGCGAACUGCGCGAGCUCGGGUCGUACCUGGAGGACGCGCGGUGGGACGGGCUCGAGAAGCCGGACCUGCUGCUCCGCACGGCCUGGGCGCUGCAGCACGGCACCGUCGUCGCCCUCGCGCGCCAGGAGCGGGCCAUCGCGAGCGACGUCAACGCCCAGCUCGGGGCAUGCAGGAUCCUGUUCAAGCGCCGCGGCCAGACCAUCCCGGACUUUGUGUCGGACAACGCGCGCUUCAUGGCCAAGAUCAACAAGACCCACGACAUCGGCAGGGAGUGCAUGCGCCUGAACUUCCCGCCCGACCAGGAGAUGCACGUGUACAAGAACGUGCUGAUGAUGCUCACCUAG